CCGCAGCCGUUUCGCGACAGCUGAGCCUGCUGCUACAAUGUGGUUAUUAUAUUAAUGUGACGUUCCUAUAAGAAAAAUGCGGCCUUUACGGGCGUGUGUGAUGUUUGGAGCCGUGGCCAGCAGUGGAGCGUUACUCUCCAUCAUACUGUACUUUGUGUUAACCAUACGGUCUGCUCCGACAGAGGAAUGGCAGAUGGCCACGUCUAUAUAUGACUUCUCAGCAAGAGAUAUUGAUGGCAACGAGGUUUCACUAGAUAAAUACAGGGGGAACGUUGUCAUCAUCACCAAUGUUGCUUCAAAAUGAAGUAAGACCCCAGUAAACUACUCUCAGCUUACCCAGAUGCACGCCAGGUACGCUGAGAGAGGUUUACGUGUCCUUGCCUUUCCUUCCAACGAGUUUGGGAAACAGGAACCUGGCAAUAAUACUCAGAUCAAGCAGUUUGCCCAUUCCUACAACGCCAGUUUUGACAUGUUCAGUAAGGUCGAAGUGAACGGGGCCAACGCUCACCCUCUGUGGAAGUGGCUGAAGGAGCAGCCAAAUGGGAAAGGCUUCCUGGGAAACAGUAUCAAGUGGAAUUUCACUAAGUUCUUGAUCAACAGAGAGGGACAGGUGGUGAAGAGAUAUGGACCCUUGGAUGAUCCAAGUGUGGUGGAGAAGGAUCUCCCAAAAUACCUGUAAUCCCAUGACAGAUGAAUAAUUUACUGAUUUUACACUAGCAAUUCAGCUUCUUUCUCUGUCUCCCUAAGCAUCAGUUGGUAUAGUUUGAAUCCAUCCCAGACUAGUGACGGUUGCUUCAUAAAUCUGCAUGGCAGACAGAGCAGACCUGAUGAAUAUGACGUGCAAACCACUUGGGAGGACUAUCAAACUUAUAUUCAGCUGAUUCUCUGGGACCGUUAAAUUCAAGUACAGUUUAUAAUGUUAAUAAUGAUAUGUGUAGCAAUACAUCUAUAUAAAUAUACAGUAUAUAUACUUAGUAAUAUGUACUAAGAUAUUGUUCUACUGAUACCGUCCUGUCAAUAAAGCAUAAGUUUCUUGUAAUGUAAAUACAA